AUGAGGUUUAAGGUUAUGCCUCCAGCACGUUAAGGCCCCCAAAAACCCCCGGGAAGGUUGAAAAAAAUUAUAAUAAAAAAAAUAAAAUAAUAAUCCUUAGGAAAACAAGAGGGCCCUGCGCCUUACUGGCUUGGGCCCUAAUAAUAAUCCUUAGGAAAACAAGAGGGCCCUGCGCAUUACUGGCUUGGGUCCUAAUAAUCCUGAGGGAAUCAAUAGGGCCCUGCGCCUUACUGGCUUGAGCCCUAAUAAUCCUGAGGGAAUCAAUAGGGCCCUGCGCCUUACUGGCUUAGGCCCUAAUAAGUUCAACAUUUUUUAAAUAUCCAUGAAAUGAAGACACCUUAAAAUGACAAGAAAUUGUAUUGUGCCAUCUCAGAUUAUGUAAUUUAUUAUUUUAUGACUAUUUUCUACCUAGUGUUACUAUAUCGUAUAGUUCAUUUAGAACUAUGUGAUGGUUCUCACAUCUAUGAACAGCAUUUUAGUCCCUCUUUUCACUGGGAUUGUUUCAAAUUUUGGAUUUUUAAAAAUAUUUUUUUAUAUAUUUGUCAUUCAGAUGACCAAGAACAUCCUAAUUUUGGAGGGUGACCACAUCAAUUAAGAAAAAUCAAUAUUUUUACAAGAGAGAUAUUUAUUUAAAAAAAAUAAUUUUUUUUAAAGUUUACUUUUUAAAAAUGUUAACAUUAUUGACACUGCAUGAUGUUCCUUCCUCAGUCAAGCCUCAUAAAUCAUCAAAAAUAGAACAUUAUAGAGGAGUGAGAGAAACAUGCUUGUGUUUAUCCAGAUCAGAUGGUCACUGCAGUCACCACGAUCCAGUCCCUAGGAUCAGCACCUAGAGAUGACCUCUACAGCCCUGAACGUCAGCGGAGAUCAGGACACCUAGAUGAGCCCCAGAGACAGCUCCACAGUGAAGACCUCAUCACCUAGACGGUAGGGCUGCACAAUUAAUCGAAUAUCUAAUCGAGAUUAUGAUUACAGAUACCACGAUUAAGUAAUCGUUCAAAGCCGCGAUUACAAAAAAAAAGUAAAAAAAAAAAAAGUAGUAUAUUAUUCUGCGUGCUUAAGAAGCGUGUUUAGAGCAUGUCACGUUGUGAGAGGUGAAUCACAACUUUUAGGCAUGUCUUUAUCAGCUACCUGAUUCACUGUCGAAGCAUAUCGAUCUCAUGUCAUGUUAAUUUCGUAAACGUGUGCUGAUAAAGAAACAACUUCUGACAAUUUGCCAAGUGUUGCUCAGAAUCAAGCAUUAGAACCGAAAAGAAAAGCUUCAGUGGUGUGGAAUUAUUUUGGAUUCACGAGCGAUGAUGUCGAGCAGCGUGUUAUACUGUGUAAGUUAUGUCGAACAACUGUUUCUGCACCAUCAAGCAACACAACGAAUUUAUACAACCAUUUAAAAUUCAACCACAGAGUGUAAUAUGAGGAGUGUCUCAGCGUGAAGAAAAAAGCACCAAGUGAUGCAAGAGCUGCUACACAGACACCCAUCACAACAUCGUUGUUUUCUGCUUCUCCAUACCCGGCAGGUUCCCGAAGGCAGAAUGAGAUAACUGAAGCGAUCACGCAUUUCAUUGCAAAAGACAUGGCGCAGAUCAAUACAGUUUGCAAAGCGGGGUUAACACACUUGACUCAUAAACACACUGGACAAGAGAUGUGUCAUCCCAUUAUUGUCAUCCAUAUAUGACAUGAGAUAUGUCAUCCAAGUUGCGCUAACUUCACUUUAUGCAAAAUGCCGGGAAAGUAUUGAAUCAGAUCUGCAGAAAAUAGAGUUCUAUUCCACCACGACUGAUUUAUGGUCGAGUAGAACUAUGGAACCAUAUAUGAGCAGUUCAUUAAAUUGAUGAGUUUCAACUCAAAAGCAGAUGCUUGCAAACAUCCUAUUUUCCACAAGAUCACACUGGAGAUGCGAUUGCUCAAGGAUUGAAAGAGAUGCUGGCUGCCUGGGAUUUAAAGGAGGAGCAACAAGUCUGUGUCACAACAGACAACGCAGCAAAUAUAGUGAACGCUGUUGUUAUUAAUAAGUGGAGCAGACUCCAGUGUUUUGGACACAGGCUGCACCUAGCAAUUGGUGAGUAGCCUGCUAUUACUUAAUAUUCAUUUAUCUAAAAAAAUGUACACAUAAUACCAUUAUUAGGCCAUUGCAAUAUCAUAUGUACUUGUCUAAUAAUAUGCAGAUCAGGGGUUUUCAAAUCCAUUCCUGGAUUAUAAUGCAUUCAGUGAUAGAACAGUGUAGCAUACAACAACUUCAGUGUUUUAUAUAUUGUAAUAAUGCUGUUAUUUGAUAAGUGAACUAUAAACUAUAAACAUGUUUUUACAACUAUAAUAUAAAUUGUGUUCUGUUACUGUAAUUUGAAAUUAUGUCUGUUUAAUUGUAAACAAAAUAUAUAGCUUUAGUAAGCUCUGUGUGUGUGUGUGUGUGUGUGUGUGUGUGUGUGUGUGUGUGUGUGUGUGUGUGUGUGUGUGUGUGUUUAGAACAUGCUUUGAAAGAUGGACGGAUUGACCGUGCACUGAAUGUCUGAAAAAAAGGUGGUGGGGUGCUUCUCCUAUAGCUGGAGACGAAGGAGGGAGUUGUCCGAGGCCCAGAAAGAGUUAAAGUUACCUCAACACAAGCUCAAGACUGAGUGUCCAACGAGGUGGGGCUCAAAACAAGCAAUGAUUGCCAGGGUGUUGGAACAACAGUGUGGCAUUUCUUGUGUUCUCUCCGUGGACAGAAAAGCCAGACACCUUGUCCCCACAUGGCAGGAUAUAGAAGUCCUUGGGGCAGUCAACAACUCCCUUUCUCCACUUGCUGAAUUCCCUGAUGCUCUUUCCAGAGAGCAAUAUCCUCAACCAUCUGUGAGUGUGACUGUUAGAGAGGAAGCAGAAGACCAAAAUGCACCAGCACUAAAGACGACCAAAAAAACACUGGGCAGCUUCUUUAAAGUGGAUGAGGACCACAGACCAGCAUCAUCAUCUCUCUCCAGUCUCCAAGCCGUGGCCAUAACUUCUGAGCUACAGCUCUCUGCUGCUGUUGAUAGUGAGGAGAAUCCUUUGUUCUGGUGGAAGGAACAUGCAAAACAAUUCCCAGCUCUCUCCAAGUUAGCACAAAAGUAUUUGUGCAUUCCUGCCACAAGCUCUCCCUCGGAAAGAGUAUUCAGCACUGGAGGAAACAUUGUGACUUGUUUGCGUGCAUCCCUAAAGCCUGAAAGUGUGGACAGUCUUGUGUUCCUGGCCAAAAAUCUUUAAAAGUCAAACUUGGGAGUUGUUCAUUCCUGAAAACUUUUCAUGUUGUGUUUUUAUGGCUUGUGUUCUAGGCCAAAAUACUUGAUAAGGCAAACUCAGAUUAUUUUCUUUCUACGGGUUAUCUUGAGUUUUUCCAUUGUUUUAAUUUGAGUAUUUUAGCAUACCAUUAUUACACCAUGCAUAUUGCAUAUUUUUACUUUUUUUAUUUAAAUAAACCAAACCAAUGUAUCGUUGACAUUUGUGGCAAUGAGAAAAGCAAUAAAAGUUUUUCAGGAAGACAGUUUUCAGCUUGUUUUUUUUAUUUUUAUUUAAAAUUAUGGCAUGCAGUUGCUUCAAACAAUGGUAUAAAGCUAUUUAAAACAUCAAUGUAAAUUGUGAUAAUCGUCAUUAAUAAAUCGCAAUUACAAUUUCAAGGGAAUAAUCGACAAUUAUGAUUUUUGUCAUAAUCGUGCAGCCCUACUAGACGGCCAUCGGGACAAGACCUCGGGAACCAGAUGAGUCCUCUACACAAUCUGACUUUACUGCAGUUGGAAUUGAACUGCUGGUUCAUCUGGCCAGAGGAGAACUGGCCCCCCGACUGAGCCUGAUUUCUCCCAAGGUUUUUUUCUCCAUUCUGUCACCGAUAGAGUUUUGGUUGCUUGCCGCUGUCGCCUCUGGCUUGCUUAGUUGGGGACACUUCAUUUCCAGCGAUAUCAUCGACUUGAUUGCACAGAUACUAUUUAAACUGAACUGAGCUGGACAAUGACAUCUCUGAAUUCAAUAAUGAAGUGCUUUUAACUGAAAAUUGAGUGUUUAAUCUGGUCAUUUUACAUUAUUGACACACUAUUUUCCUAUUUUGAUAUUGGAAAGUUGCUUUGACACAAUCUGUAUUGUUAAAAGCGCUAUAUAAAUAAAAGUGACUUGACUUUUAAGUGUUGGAAUCCUGGUUGAGAGAUGAUGUAACCUCCUAGAAUUGAUGUCACUUGAAUGUACCAUUAUUUUACUAGGGUUUUUUGAUGCGGUAACAGGGAUGACAUGAAAUCAGGGGACACCGAUAAAAUAAUUAAUAUUUUAUAGAAAAAUGUAUACUUAUGCCAAAAACAAUGCUUAACAAUGAGACUGUAUUUAGAACAAUAUGCAAAUGUGAUUUUUAUAUAAUUUUGUCUUCAUUUUGCAAAUUAAAAGUCCUGCUGAAAAGGAAAAAUCAUAGUGAGGGACAGGCCAAAAACCUUACCCUUAUCAGCAUAAAUGAUAUUUAAUUUAUUUAAAAUAAUAUUUAAUUGACUUAAAUUUGAUGUAAUAUUGAUGAAAGAAUACACAGUAUUUUUAAAUCGCAAAGUUAUUUGUUGUUAUAUUAAUUCUAUGUUUGAUUAUUUCUUAGAGAUGCAAAAGGCACCGAUUUCAAGGAAUGACCCAAAUGCAGUAUAUAACUGAGGCACAAGAUGAUAGCAGUUGCGUUUGAAUAAAACAAGAGAGAUGCUGUGUGAUAUAAGAGAUGUGAAAGAAGCGCCAGAUGAGUGGAAUGGUAUUCGGUGUUGCUAAUGACGACACCACAGAACUGAUCGAUCAGAAUCAAGUAUUCCGGAAAGCAGUGUACUAAAGCAGCCUAUAACAUGCUUAAAAGUUAUGCAAA